UAGUAAGCGGACCACAAUGACCAGUGAAGUGGAAAGGAAUGAGGUUUGCAAUAAUGACCAUGAAAACUAUGGCAGUGGUAUCUCUUCACAAGAUGAUGAAAAAGCUGUUACAAAUGGAAUCGUACCAAAAGAGGGCAACAAUGGUGGACUGACAGCAACGCAGCGAGCACGCAUCGAACGAAAUCGCCUAAAAGCACGCGCCCUGCAAGAUGCUCGCCUUGUCCAACGCCAAAACUUGCCCGUUCCGACCGAAGCGGCAAAGUGGGACUCCGGGGGCGGUUUCCUGCUGGAGGAGGAGCCCUCGGCCCCGGCGGCCCCCCCGCGCGCGCCCCCCGCCCCCCUGCUCGACCCCUCCGAGCGGCCGCACUGCACGCUCUGCGGCCGCCCCUUCGCCUGCUCCUACCUCUUCGACACGUUCGACUGGAGCGUCUGCGACGCCUGUAGGGACGACGAGGAGGCGCACGCGCUGAUGACGCGCACCGAGGCGAAGGCCGAGUUCCUGCUGAAGGACUGCGACCUGGACCUGCGGCCGCCGCCGCUGCGCUGCUCGCGGCGCCGCAACCCGCACCGCGGCGGCGGCGACAUGCGCCUCUACCUGCGCGCGCAGCUCGAGGAGCGCGCGCUGGCCGUGUGGGGCUCGCGCGCCGCGCUCGACGCGGAGCGGGCGCGCCGCGUGGAGGCGCGGGCCCGCACGCGCCACAAGGGCGUCCAGCGCCGGCUGCGGGCCCUGCGCAUGGACGUGCGCUCCAGCCUGUACGAGCGCGGCGCGACCCACCACACCCACCAGUGGGGCCCCGAGCGGCGGGACGACGACCUCUACACGCGCGCCUGCCUCACGUGCGACCACACCGAAACCUAUGAGAAGAUGUAACCGCGCUCGCGCUCAGCCCCGAUCGUAGGCCGGUCGCUACGUUGCCGAUCGAAAGUAAUAUAGUAGAACUCGUCGCGUCGAUCGAUCGACCGCUCCCGGGAGGCUAGCCGCGACCGAAUCGUCCCGGACGACAAAUUUUAUCACUUUUCGAAUAGUACCGAAUCGGUCGGAACGGCGCGGCGUAGAGACUCUGUUCCGAUGACUGUAUUUUUGAAGCGCGUCACAUCGACGCCGACUUCCCAUACUCUCGUGCCCUUCUGUAUGUCCGAACCGAACCGUCGAUCGGUAUCGAUGACUGUGUCUUUAUCCUCGAAUCAUGUUUGUCGCAUUUAUUUUGUAUCCCGAAAUAAUUCAAGAUUCCAUGAAAUAAGUUGGAACCUAGAGCCGAGUACGCACGAUGCGGUAAGAUAUGCUGCGCUGCGCCUUGCAUGU